GUCCCAAUUGCCGAGGUACUGGAAUGCAAAUAAGAAUUCAUCAGAUAGGACCUGGAAUGGUUCAGCAAAUUCAGUCUGUGUGCAUGGAGUGCCAGGGCCAUGGGGAACGGAUCAGUCCUAAAGAUAGAUGUAAAAGCUGCAAUGGAAGGAAGAUAGUUCGAGAGAAGAAGAUUCUAGAAGUUCAUAUUGACAAAGGCAUGAAAGAUGGCCAGAAGAUAACAUUCCAUGGUGAGGGAGACCAAGAACCAGGACUGGAACCAGGAGAUAUUAUCAUUGUUUUAGAUCAGAAGGACCAUGCUGUUUUUACUCGGCGAGGAGAAGACCUUUUCAUGUGUAUGGACAUACAGCUGGUUGAAGCACUGUGCGGUUUUCAAAAGCCAAUAUCUACUCUUGACAACCGAACCAUUGUCAUCACCUCUCAUCCAGGUCAAAUUGUUAAGCAUGGAGAUAUCAAGUGUGUGCUAAAUGAAGGCACGCCAAUUUAUCGUAGGCCAUAUGAGAAGGGUCGCCUCAUCAUCGAAUUUAAGGUAAAUUUUCCUGAGAAUGGCUUUCUGUCUCCUGAUAAACUCUCUUUGCUGGAAAAACUCCUACCUGAGAGGAAGGAAGUAGAAGAGACUGAUGAAAUGGACCAGGUAGAACUGGUGGACUUUGAUCCAAAUCAGGAAAGACGGCGCCAUUACAAUGGGGAAGCAUAUGAGGAUGAUGAACAUCAUCCCAGGGGUGGUGUUCAGUGUCAGACCUCUUAAUGGGGCCAGUGAAUAACACUGCUGGCAUUUUAUGUGCAGUAGUGAAUGAGUGAAGGACUAUAAUCAUAGCUCACUACUUGCUAUUGUUUUUGUUUUAAUAUUCAACUAUAGUAGUGUUUUAAAAGUUAAAUGAAGAAUAAACUCAAAUAUAA